ACCAAUAAUAAAUCGCUAAACACACGUUUAGGUAUCGUUGAGUUAAAUUUUAACAGCGAGUUAAUUUUCGUGUAUACUAAUAACCAAAAUAAACACGUCUUUUACUAAUUAGCCUUCUAUUACAAUAUCUACUACAUUCUCUGUCAACAAGACAGCAUUGAAUUGACAUAAGAAAAAUUUGCAAACAUAAACAAAAACAUUUGAUUAAAAUUAAGUUUGAAAUGGAUUCGGACGAUACAAUAAUGGAAGAUUUAAAUAUCUUGGAAGAUGUGGCCGAAGCAAGGAGGCAAAAAGUUUAUAAAAACAAAAUUGAACCAUUCUUGAAAUAUGACGAUACAGAGUUUUAUCGCCACUACAGAUUUGAUAAGACAACUGCCAGAUUCAUUAUUGAUCUUUUGCGGGAAGACAUCGCCUCGGCUACCAAUAGAGGUGGUGCAAUUUCAAGUGAGUUGAUUGUAUUGACAGGGCUGAGAUAUCUUGCCGCAGGAUCUUACCAGAAGGAUGUUGGUGAUUGCCAUAAUAUUUCUCAACAACCUGUUAGUAAUUGUGUUAAGAAAUUUGUUAGAGCCUUGGCCUCUAAAGCAAGGGACUUCAUCAAAUUCCCCAGUGAGCCCUCGGAAAUUCGGUCAGUGAAAAGAAAGUUUUUUGAUGUUGCUGGCUUUCCACAAUGUGUGGGUGCUAUUGAUUGCACUCAUAUCAAAAUUAAGAAUCCUGGUCAAGAAUUUGGAGCACGACACAGAUGUAGAAAAAAUUUUUAUUCAAUCAAUGUUCAGGUUGUAUGUGAUGCAAGUCAGCGCGUUACUGACGUUGUUGCCCGUUGGAGAGGUUCAGCCCACGACUCCAGAAUAUGGCGAGAAUCUUCCAUAUAUCACCGUUUACAAAAUAUGGAUUUACAAGGAGGUGUUAUUCUUGGUGAUUCUGGGUACCCGGGAUCGAAAAUAUUAUUGACGCCAUUUAGAGUGUCUGCCAUUCUCUCAGAACCAGAACAGCGGUACAAUAGAAGCCAUAUACGCACUAGGAACCACAUAGAAUGUUUGUUUGGGCAGCUCAAAAAUAAAUUUCGAUGUUGCUUCAACGGAAUACAACUGAACUAUGAAACUGCUAAGGCUUCGAUAGUUGCUAUCUGCAUUCUUCAUAACAUUUCAAAGGGUUCUUCGAAUGUGGGUUUCUUAGAUGGUUCGGAUACAAUUAUGCCUGAUGGUGAUUUAAAUCAGAAUGAUGAUAAUGAAAAUGAUGAUGCCUUGGUGCAAAGACGAAGACUGAGUGGGCGUUAUUAUAGAAACAUAUUUAUUCAAAAAUAUUUUAAUAGAUAAUAA